AAUUUCCAACAGAAAUUGGUUCAUUUCUAAAUAGAAAUAAUUGUCCUGAUUUAUUCCAUAUUUAUUUUUUUUACUGCUCUGACAUGUGGAAACACAAAGUAUACACGAGGUGAUGUCAGAUGUAGUGACAGGUUCCUGUAUGACCUCAUCCACUACUGCCCAGUGUUGAUAUUGGUCAAGCACUCCUGGGGAGGUUAACAAUGGAGCUGAAUUUCCUCCAUUUGUUCCCAGUCUGACUGGAGUUCAGACUCUUUAGAGGCUUUUCAUAAAUCCUCCUGAAGCCUGGAAAACAUCAACACGUCUUCAUGUGAAAUCUGUGGAAAGCCUUUGUCAGCAAAGACGAUGUGAAGAUUAAGCUCCAUCCUGAGGAAGCGGAAAGAAGCGAGCAGCUCUCUGGAGGAAUGUGCCAGGGCCGUGGGGAGUGGUGACCAAACCGACUCGCUGAGGGCCACGUCGCUUCAGGACUGUAAACACUCGGUUUGCGCUCUCCCAGGUCUUCAUGGACCUGCUGCAGGACUCCAGUCACACCAUGUGGGGCCUGAACGUCCGAUUGAAGGACUUCAUGGAGCAGGUGAGCCGGCUGCAGGAGGCCAACCGCCAGCUGGAGGCCCAGAUAGCCGACUGGGGUGCCAGGAUCAGCUCGCGCGGUCACAACUGGACCCAGCAGGAGCAGAUCGCCAAGGAGCUCCGUUCUCAGAUCUGUGAACUUCUGAUGGAGAACGCCCAGCUAGCCUUACAGUCCAACAACAUGAAGUCCAGAGCUGCUGAGAUCCAAACCAGGUGUGAGAUGGAGGAGAGGAACACCAGACGUCUGGAGCAGCAAGUUGCUCAGCUCCGGGAGGCAAAGCGGAGGGCGGACGUGCGCGGCGUGACGCUGCAGGAUGAGUGUCACCGCGCCAUGACACAGCUGCAUCACAUGGACCAGGAGUUUCAGGCAGCCCGGGUUCUGCAGCUGCAGCGGGCCGAGUCUUGCGAUGCUCUGUUAGCCGCAUCAGCAGGAGGAGGGGAGGAGGAGGAUGGCACAGGGAUGGAGCUCACCCAGCUCUUCGACCGAAUCAGAGCGCAGUGCGACCAGAGCAGACCUCAGGGCCCGGUCGAGAGACUCCCAGGACCGAGAGCGGGCUCAGACCCAGCCCCCGGCUCUGCUGGGCCUGACUGGUCCGGAGGUGCAGCAGCAGCUUCCAGAACACUCAGAGGAGCUCUUAAUGAGGAAGAGGCAGCGUGGGCGCAGGUGAGCCUCGGCGGUGCAGCCCUGAGGGAGGCGCGGGCCGAGCUGGCGGAGGCCAGGAAGCAGUGGCGCUGCCUGCAGGUGGAGAUGGAGACGCUCCACGCCUUGGAGAAAGGCCUGGAGACCUCCCUGCAGCACACCCAGCAGCUGUACUCCAGCCAGCUCCAUGACCUGUCUCAGGUGAUCUCUGGGCUGGAGCGCGAGCUGGAGCAGGUGAGGAGCGGCCUGGCCACCCAGCGCCAGCGCCACAGCCAUCUGCUCAACACCAAGAUGAGGCUGGAGCGAGAGAUCGCCACGUACCGCCGGCUGCUGGAGCGAGAGGAGGGCAGGUACAUGGGUUGCCGUGAGCAACCGCUGGGUCUGCAACCCUGGAGGUCGGCUUCAGCGGAACCAAAGGUGAACGGGCUGGAGAACAGCCUCAGUGACCGGAGUCCGGAUGAGCCCAAAUCAGAACCCCUGCCCGAGAUUCCCUCACUCCUUCCGUCUGAGAACGGGCUGAAGAAAAGCAAACUGUACAGACAGCAGAGCCUGGUGAUUCUCUCAGAGCCGGAGAAGGAUAACGACUCGCCGAUCUCCACAGUGAAGACUCAGGAGAUUCUUCAGGGCAACGUCGUCCGGGAGAGCGCAGAGGGUCACGGCACCAUCGAGACGGAGAAAAUCGACAAGGUGAUCAAGCAGUGGGAGGGCUCGUUCUUCAGAGGAAACCCGAAGCUGAGGAAGAAAUCUGUGUCGCUGCGUUUCGACCUUCACAUGGCUGCAGCGGACGAGGGCUGCAGCCAAACCAAACAGGACAGCCUCCCCGACGUGGAGGUGCGUCUCAUCAUGAAGAGGUCCCGCAGCAUCUCCACCAUCACAGACUGAGUUCUGAUGCGGGGGUGGAACAGAGGAAGACCACCAACCAUCUCGCUUCUUCAGUCCUCGGAACUUUGCAUCUACCGACGACUGAAGUCCACCUCGCAGCUCCAGUCUGGUGGGAUGAGGGUUAUAAUUUCAGCUUCUGUGGUGACUUUUGGUUUUAAACCGCCAGACUGAGUCAGGUGAAGAUAGAGAAAGUGCAGGUAGGCACAGAUGAACUCUACAUGCUGCUAGAAGGAAGAUUAUUGCCUUUUCAGGUGCCAUCAGUCACUAUGUUUAUUAUCACUGGAUAAAACCAAAUACACGUUACUUGUUUUGGUCGAUUCUGACAGGAUUUACUAAGUAAAAUAGCAAAUAACGAUAAAUGUAAAACAAAAAUUGCUGCUUAAUAUUUUAGAAGUUUUCACGGUGGGCGACGGUGGCACAGGAGUUAAGAGCUCGCCCCGUAAUUGGAAGGUUGCAGGUUCAAGCCCCGAUCAGUCUGUCGCUGUCGUUGUGUCCUUGGGCAAGACACUUAACCCACGCUGCCUGCUGGUGGUGGUCGGAGGGACCGGUGGCGCCUGUGCUCGGCAGCCUCGCCUCUGUCAGUGCGCCCCAGGGCAGCUGUGGCUACAUUGUAGCUCAUCCCCACCAGUGUGUUAAUGGGUGAAUGACUGAUUUUGUUGUAAAGCGCCUUGGGGGGUUCCAGGACUCUAGAAGACGCUAUAUCAAAUACAGGCCAUUUACCAUUUGCCAUAACUAUGAUUAGGAUUGUUUUAUUGGUUAUCGCAGAGCUGGAUUGCCUUCUUCGCUGUUUGUCUUUAGAGCAGGAAUGAUAAACUGCCUCUUAGGAAUCGUGCUAGCACACAAACUCCACAGGAAAUGUCGGGAUUCCCUGAUUGGGUUUGGCAAAAUCUGUUCCACCAGUUCUUCAGUGGACAUCUGCAGCUGAUUGCCUUUUGGAGUCAAACUAGAUAAAUAUGGCCGCCGCAGCAAACCCAAAAUCAACGUCGGAUUUUAAAGCAACACUAAAAGAGUUUUUAACAGGUUAAGCUAUUGCUCUCAAAGUGGGUUUCAGUGGAAGAAAACAGACCAACUUCAGAUUGUGCAGCACUGGAAAAGUCUGUUGCCAACAUAUGUUGUGUUUUGGUGCUGGUGUGUUAGUCCAGCAUGGGAUGCUGGUGAUUGGAUGCUGGACCACCAGCUAAAUCAGCACCAAGACAAAUGCUAAUAAGCAACUGGUCUGUGUUGGUUUUUCCAACUGGGCUUUACUGACCAGAAGCCCACUGGGUUCACUAGGCGGUGCCUUAAACCCACUUUAUGGCUGUUAGCUGUUUAUUCUACUCAUAGCUAAUAUAACGACUAGCAGUUAGCUUUUUCAUUUAACCAGCCGUCAAUAAAAUGCUCAAGAAGAUGGCGUCACGGCGGAGCCUGGAAGAAAAGGUAAGAGAGUUGUGUCUUUGGAGGUGAAACAAAGAGUGAACAUCGGUGUGGCCUACGCUAGUUUGAGGGAGCUAAAGGAGGCUACAAAAUCACGGACUGAUGGUGACCUGGCUUUGUUGCAACUGAAAGUAAUAACAUUUUUUUGUCCAACAGAUUUGGAUCUUUUUAUUAUUUUAUAUUUUAGUAUUAGUUGGCUCAUGUUAGCGCUAGCUUGUUGCUAGCUACAGCGGGCUGCUGAAGGGUUGUUUACAACCAGUGUAAAUCCACUUUCAACCAGUAGGAGGGAAAAGUGGAAACUCUUAAGUGUUGCUUUAAGAUUUGACCAAAACGACCUCAUUUCAAAACUCAGAGGAUUAUUAGUUUGAUUUCUUCUUUAUUUCACGGAGCUAUAGUUUAUCUGAUGAGAAUUAGCACUGUUAGAAAUCAGAAACCACUAAUGUGAAACUCACCAUAAAUAUUUUUAAACAAUGAAGUCAGCUUUAAAAUGACAGGACUGUUUUAAAGUUCAGACAUCAAAAUAAAAAUGAACAUUAUAUAUUUUAAAUGUUUGCACACUUUUAAUUUAAUAAUGUAUUUGCAGCAAGAAUCUGAAGAGAGUUUGUCUAAUUUGAAGUAUGUUUAUUGUUGAUGCAGCUAAAUCUCGUGUUUAAAUGCUCACUGUGACUUCAGCUUCCCUCCUUUCACCAGAAGGGGGCAGCAUUUGUAAACAUUUACCACUGCAGUGAGUCUAAACAUCUGUUCUGCUGCAGACUGAUGGCUUUUAUGCUGAAGCUGGCUCCUGAAGUGCCUAGAUUAUGAGCUUUUAUUUGGGUUAGGAUUAUUUAAAUGUAUGCAGUCGCGCGCUUCAUUUAUCGCUUUGCUUCAAGAAGCACGCUCUUCAUUUCGGGAGCUCUGUAACAUCAGAACUAAGCUUGGAGCUUUUAUCUAAAGAUUUAUCAUUUCAAAUAAAGCAGAAAUGCGUGCAGGUUCUUGUGUUGUCAGUUAUACGUUUAGAGGAAAACUAAAUUAUUACAUCGUGCUUUCAGGUCUCCUUUGGAUUUUAUUAUUUUUGUACCCCAUCUUCCCCCAUCCCCGACACAAAGAGGUCAAGAUUUUAUGACGUUUAUUUAAAAAAACACACAAGCAGGUUUACAGAGAGCAUCAUAAUAAAUACAUUCAGUCUGGAUUCAUCCAUGAGCGUUACUUUAAGAUCUAAAGAAAGUUUUAUGCUGUUUUCUGCCAAUAAACAGAUUCUCUAUA